AUGUUGUUUUACAUGAUAUCAGCCAAAUUUCCAAAUACACAUGCAUUCCCAAUUUUUCAAUUUGUCGUUUAUCCAAACACUUCAGAAAAUAUUGCAUUCUGUCUCAAGGCAUUUUUUAACUGGGCAAAAGUAAAACCAAAAUAUUUUAUGUCAGAUUGUGCACAAGAAAUCGAAAAUGCGAUUAUCAACUCUUUUCCAGAAGUUAUCCUUCAUUGGUGUGCAGUUCAUGUAAUGAGGGCGUUCAGAAAAAAUUUGAAAGAUUAUGCAUUUGAGAGUUCAGACAAAUUGAUAUUAGAUACAAAAAUGAACUAUCUUGCAUACGGCAGAAAUGGCAAGAAAGAAUGGAUUGAACCAACGUUCAAAAAAAUUCUGGAAAUAGCCGAAAAAUUCCCAGAAUUUUCAAAAUACAUACAAAAUCAAUGGAUAUCAAACCAAGAAAGAUGGACAGCCGCUGAAAGAGAUGAAAAUUUAGCUCUCACAAAUAACAUUUCAGAAUCGAUUAACAAAAAAAUUAAAUAUUACUACUUUGGCGGAACAAUUUUCAUGAGAUUUGAUCGAUUUGUGAUGAAAUUAAUCGAUUUUAUCGUUCCUUCAUUUUAUUACAGAAUUUCUCAAGAUAUAAGGCUCAGAGACAAAAUUCCAAAUCCGUUGCCAUCUGAAAAAAAGCCAAAAAAGUCUACAAUCAGACUGGAUACAGAAAAAUGUAUAAUGCUCACUGA